UGGGUGAAUUUCUUUGCUGUAGUAAAUGUGUGGGAAUGCAGAUUUAAUCACUUCUCUGGAAACAUUCUUGGCUGGUUUCCAUCUGCGUGUGUUUAUAAAAAGAGGUGCAGAGGACAGAUCUUUCACAAUCAGGCAGACCGAGAAAAGAGUGAGGUUCUUCAUAUCUGGGGAGAGAAAAUCACCGCAGAAGAAGAGUUUGCUGCAACAUGACACUCAAAAGAUUCCAAAUUUUUAAGACAAAGAUGAAUAUUGCAACCCAGUGCAUCAUUCUCCUGGUCUGCACGGCCAUUGGCUCUUCAGCAACUAUUAAGAGGUGCCAGUGUUUAAGCCCGAAGAAGUUUAUUGACCCCUGUCUUAUCGACAGUGUAAAGGUGUCUGAUCCUCGUCCAUACUGCAGGAACAAAGAAGUCAUUGUUACACUGAGAAAUCAGCGCACACGGUGUCUUGACCCCAAGGAAAACUUCACCAAAAAUGUCCUACAGUCCUUAAUCCAAUUGCAGAGGACCCGAUGUUCUAAAAAGGUGACAACCCCUGGCCCAAAAUCAACCUCAUCAUCAGCCACAGUGUUGGGCACGAUAGCAAGCCACAACCUCAGCUGCAGUGUAAGCCAUAGUAGCGGCCAACAUCAUAAACACGGUGGUUGUGUUUAACCUUGUUAUGAAUAAAAUGAGGCCUCAGUUUGCAAGAUUUAAAUGUAGCACAUCUCCCAUAAUAAAGGAUAAGUAUGCUGGGUGGUGGAGUUUCUGCUUACUUCUGCAAAAUAAGUGAACAUGUUUCAUUUCAUGUGUUUUGCCAAAUACAAGAUUUUAAAGUUGCAUUUCCCAGCUUUACACACUCACAGCAAAAACUAACCAGUGCUUUUUCUCACCA